AUGGGUGUCGGCAGUCCAGAAUGGACGCGUCUCAUUUCCGCCAUCAAGGAAGUAAAGCUCUACGCCGGCAUCACGUUUUCGCAAAAGGCCGGCGACAACCUCUUCAUGGCUCAAGAUUUGAUCUCUACCCUCGGAGACGAGCUGAUUUUCCGACAUAAACUCCAUCCUUCAGGAGUUGAGCGAGGUAUCUUCAGUGACGGCACAAUGGACCAACUGAAGGUCAUCUCAUCCGCUUACGGUCGAGUUGGAAUGCUAGAGUGUGGCGAGCACUGGUAUCCCAGCAUGACCUUCCCCAUGCAAGCCCAGGUCGAAAAUUUCAAUCUUGGUCCCUUCCCCUAUAUGGGGAACCCGGGUGAUGAUGAUUAUCUGUGGUGGGAGGGUGGAGAAGCGAAUACUGGGUCGGUUGGCCACUACUCCAACCUUGCGGGUGCGUACAGCUUUGUAGCGGCUGUUGGGUAUAGCUUCGUUAGCAGCCCGUUAUCGCAGGUUAUUGCUUCUAUCAGUGCCGAGGCGAGUUUUGAAGAUCAUCCGAUGCUUUACUAUAGUAUUGAUACUACUGGUUUCAACACGUCGAAGUCUUAUGAUCCUGAUUCCCAGGCUUCUUGGGCUGUGCUUCAGCAGAUCUACAAUGGGUUCCCUGGUUAUACUCCUCCUGUUGAGGGAACGUUGGUGCCGUGGAAGAAUGUCUCCAUUUCUUAUCUCCUGUCGGGGGCUUUGAAUAGUUCCGAGACUGACUAUAAUUAG